AGUGCAGGCAGUGCAGUAGAUACCUAGGGUAGGUGCCUACUGUAGGUACCUACAAGAUGUAGUGAUUGCUAACCACAUGCAUUGUAACCAAUUCAUUUGACGUUCUCAAUCGUGAAUCCUUUUCCACAUGUACUGUAGUUUUAACAUGUUUCACUAUCUUUAACCUCACUCUCUCUAACCCUCGCUUUUAGAAUCAAUAUUCAUUCCCUUCACUCUAUUUGUCGUUUUUGUGUUCUUUCUGGCUUCUAGGCCUAUCUUUUAGAACUAUUAAAUUCGACUCUCUCGUUAAACCUGAAUAGACAAUACAUGGUUCCAUUCCCACGCGAUCCGUUUUCGCUUUUCGAUUCUAGACUUCGGAAUACUUGCGAAUUUACUUCUGCGCCAACCUCCCAUCCGCCAACAUGGUAUUACAGGAUCCCAUAGCUAUACCGGCCGAGAUAAAUGCACAAUAUGACGCUCCCAGACGAAGGCUUUCCGAACCACCCGCGCCAUCCGAUGAUCUGCCCGGCUCGUCCAGUUCCUGGGGAACCAUACCGAGUUUAAGGCCGAAGCCUGGGUCGUGGAAAAUGGCAAGAAGGACUAUGGGCAUCAUUCUUUUACUAGUUACCGUGUUUCUCUGGACAGUAUCGAAUUUCCUCGCCAGCUCCAUCUUUUCCGACCAAACCUACGAUAAACCUUUCUUCCUAGUUUACAUUAAUGGGUCCAUUUUUGCGCUGUCCCUGAUCCCGAUAUCCAUAAAAUACGUAAUACAGAAUGGCGGCAUCACACGCGUGAAAAAUAUGGCGAUGCAGGAGUGGAGAAUACGGUACCGUGGGGUUGAGAGGUUAAAGACACAGGAAGAGGAGGAAGACAUCACGGCAGGAGAGCACUUACUUGCGGACGAUGAUGGAAGCUUCGAGAUCAUCGAUCCGGCAACACCCUCAGACAAGCUGUCGUUUGUGGAAACGGCCAGGUACAGUCUUGAAUUUUGCCUUAUCUGGUUUCUGGGAAAUUAUUUCGCAUCGGCGUGUCUCGAAUAUACGAGUGUGGGUAGCGUGACGAUCCUAACAUCGACGAGCAGCGUGUGGACCCUCAUUGCAUGUGCCAUCAUGCGCAUCGAGCCAUUCUCCAUCCGAAAGCUGGUGGGCGUCCUCGCCUCGCUCGCCGGCGUCGUGCUCAUCUCCACCGUGGACUUGUCAACCAAGGAUAACGACGACAAUCGCGGGAAUUUCCCGCAUAAGAGCCAACAGCAGAUCGCCAUUGGCGAUGCCAUGGCCCUCUUCAGCGCCGUAGUUUAUGGGCUGUACGUCGUUAUAUUGAAGGUGCGCAUGGGCAACGAGGACCGCGUUAACAUGCCCCUGUUUUUCGGCCUCCUGGGAGUUUGCAACUUGGUUUUACUAUGGCCGCUCUUCUUCAUCCUGCACUUUACAGGGAUCGAAACGUUUGAGUUACCUCCGAGUGGCAAUAUCUGGUCCAUCAUCAUUCUCAACUCUAUAUCUUCGUUCAUAUCCGAUAUGUCGUUUGCUUACGCUAUGCUUCUCAUGACCCCCCUGGUCGUGACCGUCGGGCUGUCCUUGACCAUUCCGCUAUCUUUGAUUGGCGAGAUGAUCCAGUACGAGCAGUACUCAAGCUUUGUGUACUGGAUCGGCGCUGCCAUUGUUUUGCUCUCUUUCAUCUUCAUUAAUCACGAAAGUCGUGACGAGGACGAGAAAGUUAAGGCGACCCCGGAAAGGGGGGUAUUAGAUCGAGUGGCUGAGCCAUGAAACAUUUGAAGUCCUUCAUGUUCAUGUUCAUGUUCAAUACAUACCUGGUUUAGGGUAUAUACGUGUGUUAUUUUUUUGAAGCGGCAGCCAAUGGAUAGGUUACUUACUUGGGCAAAGGGUUAAAGACUGAGGCGACGGCGUUCACGGUUCAGGAAUAAUUGUUGCAUUCAUAGAGGCUCGAAUUGGUAAAUGGGCCACUGAGCAUCACGUUACGUACUUACAUACAUACUUACCUAGGUGCCCACAUAGCAGGUAGAUUAGGGGUUUGAUAUUCGAUAGACAAGAAUACCCUUUGAAGUAGGUAUAUUCAGUAAAGCUGUUUUACUAUCAGGACUUAUUACAUAUAGGUACUCACCUGGGCAGUUAAGUAACUAACUUGUCUGGGUAGUAAAUAGGUAUUCAAGCAUUUAGAUAUGCGUUACAUGGUGGUAGUACAGACUUGAUCAUGUUCAUGUAUGGUGCCGAGGCGUUGGUGACAUUUCAUUUCAUGGCAUGGCUACCUAUAUUGUAUGCGGUAGGCAAGCCAUGCUUCAGAGUAUGGUUAAUUUAUACGAAGGACCUAUCAAUGAAAUUUUGUAUUAUCAAACUACCUACCUAGACUUUGGCUUCGGCCGAAGUCAGGGGCGUUGUUUGGCGUUUUCUUUGGUCGCUCUUUUUCUUUUUCCUCUCCUUUUCAUUCGUCC